UGGCAACGAAAUAGGUAGCCAAGUAUCUAGUUUUGUAUUGUAAGUUCUUGUCUAGAUACAUCUGAAUUCUAUGAGAAAAUGCAGCCAAGUUCACCUGGAAGUAAUCCAAGCAUUUAAACACCUGAAUUAAUUAUCCUCGUGUUAUGGCUCCCAAAGUUCUAUUCAAGUUGGAUUUGCGUCUCUUACGUUUCAAACUUCAUUAUUUCUUCUAUUGUGGUGCUUUAGGUGGUGUAUUUCCAUAUCUACCUGUUCUUGCCAAGGAUCUAGGAAUAACUGCUGGUGCAGUAGGUGUCGUUUAUAUAAUUGUGCAGUUUGCCGUAUUCCUAUCUAAACCAUUCAUUGGCUAUUUAGUGGAUUAUUUCCAGAAUAUUAAAGUUUUCCUUUUAUGUUUUCUUGUGAUACCUUCAGUAACUAUUUUUUUAAUUUCACUCAUACCACCCAUACCGCAUAACAUUCAAGAAAGUUUGAACAUUGAGCUGCAGUCGCCCAAUUAUCCUAAUAAGUCUAUAAUCCUUUCUCAUAAAUACGAGAAGUCUUGCAUGAUAGCUAUGUUAUAUGACGAAGUAAAAUGCAGUCUUAUCUUAAAUAACACAGGAAGUCAUUCAAAGAGUUACAUUCAAAUGAAUGAUUCUCUAAGCUCAAACUACUCUGUAGGUCUUUUUCAUCCUGAUAGCAUAAACUUGAAUUUCCAGAAUUUGUCAAAUGUCAGUUCUUUAUGGAUUUUGCAAGUCGGAGAGAACCUAGAUAUUGGAAAUGUAUAUAGCGACUUUGAUUUUAAUAGUUCAUCUAUAUUUUGCGAACCUAAUUUAGGGAACUGUCUUCUAAAUGGAAAUUCAGAUCUACAUUCUGUGUACACAUCUUUUCAAUUUUGGAUUUUCACAUUAUUAGUUGUAAUUUCAUUCAUUGGAACUGGAAGUUGCUCAUCUUUAACGGAUGUGGCAUGUUGUGAAGUAUUAGGAGAUGCGAGAAGAAAUUAUGGUCAACAAAGACUAUGGGGCACUAUCGGAUGGGCUGUUGUCUGCUCCAUAGCUGGUUUGCUCAAUGACGUUGCAACUAAGGUAAACAAUAAAAAAGAUUAUUUACCUGGAUUUUACCUCAUGGUGGCUUUUGUUCUAGUGGAUAUAGCAAUUUUGGCUAGAAUAGAUAUAAAGAAGACUAAGUUGUCAACAAAUAUGUGUAGUGAUAUUAGCUCAAUUUUCUCCUCUUGUGAUAUUGUAAUUUUUGCGUUUGGUACAAUUAUAAAUGGUUUUUUGUCUUCUGUGAUUUACAAUUAUGAAUUCUGGUACCUUGAAGACAUGGGGGCUAGUCAGACUUUAUGUGGUUUGACAAUUGUAAUGCAAUGUAUAAUUGGAGAAUUACCUUUCUUCGUUAUUUCAGGCUGGUUUAUUGAUAAAUUCGGCCAUUUCAAUUGCGUCGCCGGUUCUUUUAUUGGCUUUGUACUACGGUUAGGUUUAUAUUCAUUGAUUAGAAACCCGUGGCUUGCCCUUCCGGUUGAUAUCUUACAUGGCCUAACAUUUGCGAUGUUCCAUGCAUCUAUGACUGGUUUUGCAUCUGCUAAAGCACCUGCAGGACUCGAAGCUACAAUGCUGGGGUUUUUCGGCGGCUUGCGAGAUGGUCUGGGUAUCGGAUUGGGAAGUCUUAUAGGAGGUCAAGCUGUCGACAUAUUGGGAACCCGUAACACUUUCUUUUAUGGCAGUAUCAUAAGUUCUCUGUCUGCUAUUUUAUUUCUCAGUGCUCAGCAGAUUCUGAAAUACAUCAGAAAGAACGACAGAAAUAAUGAUUCUCCUGAAGUACUUGAUGAUAAUUUGCUGAAGCUUGAAACCUUACAAAAAAUUUAAUGCAAACCUCGAACUGGUUUUUUACGAGUUUACAACAUAACUGGAACUAUGAAACUGAGAAAUUUCGGACUUACACUAUAUAUAUUUGAUAUAUACGAAGACGAAAACCUAGCUUUUCAGAAUUAAAUUGUUAGUUAAAUUAACUUCUAAGAACGCAGUUUUCGAAGAGCGCAUUCUCAGAUGACUGUUUUCCAAUGAUAUAAGAGUUACUUAUCAUGAAUACGCACUUUGGUGCUAAACUGUAUUCCAAAAGUGUUUUGUUUGUAUAAUUGUUUAAAUUAACAAAUAUCAAUAAACCUGUUUCUUCAUA